GAAGAACAUAUAGCCACAGGUACUUGGAGAACAUAAUCACAGUAUACAAAGAAGAAAACAAAGCAACUACGAAGAAGAUGAAGUACGUUUGUCUGAUAGGUUUUAUUUUGGUUGUAGCCGGACUUGCUGGGAUAGAAAAAGCUGAUGGAUGUGGAUAUGUGGGGUUUGAGGCCAUGAAAUUACUUCCUUGUGCUUCGGCAGCAAAAAGAGAGGACGCCGAAGUAUCUGGCAGAUGCUGUUCUGCGGUGGAAAAAUUACUUCGAAACCCAAGAUGCCUUUGUGCUUUAGUGCAAUCUGAUAUCGCCAAGAAUUCAGGAGUGAACCCCGAUAUUGCUAUUACAAUUCCAAGACGUUGCGAUAUCGUUGAUCGUCCCAUAGGUUACAAGUGUGGAGAUUACACACUGCCUUAACAAAGUUAAGGAGAAGUAUUAGUGGAAUAAUGAUAGCUUCUGACUCUGAGAAUCUGAGUGCAGAAUGACAGGUUCUAAGAAUCUGAGUUCUUAAAAAAAAGUCAAAGUCUCCUCAAAAAAAAAGUCAAAGCGAAAUAUUACAGGAUGAAUGAUAGGUUCUGAGAAUCCGAGUGCGAGGUACCUUUCACUGUUAAUAAUUACCGACGUUGCUUAUGGCUGGAUAGUGUGUGUGGCAUGUUAUAAAUCCUAGCAGUGUCUUAUGUAACUUGUAAAAUUUAUGAUUCUGAUUAUAUGUAUACACCAGUAUUUCAACUCGUAUUUGAGAAAUCAGAACUUUCAGAGUUCAUAAGAA